CAGGGGAGCUGAGAGACCUCCCUGUUGCUGUGGAUUUACAGACCAUAAUGAUCUCCGGCAGUCCUGUUUACCCUCCUGCAGCUCUGGGUGUGGUGUCCCUCCAUCUGUUCUGGGUGGCUUUUCUUUUGCCUCACGGCUCACGGAUCUGUCAGAAACAGUGGCUGAAGUCACCAUCUGCUUCCAAUUACAGCAUGACAGCCUGCAGGAUGCUGCUCUGCGAACUACUGCAGAAGUUAUAGAGGAGCCAGAGGCAGGACUUGGAAGCUAAAACCAGGACUUGACUUUUAAUUGUGGUUGAGCUGAGUCACUGUAGCCGGCAGAGCCACGGAGGCUUGGAAACCUUCCCUUUUCCAUUACUGUGUGGAUUUCUCUCCUGUUAUUGGCUGCUCUGAGUGACUAACUUCUAGUUUUAGGUUUGGAAACUCAGUUCUCUGGUAAGACAUGAAGGAGCUGUUGUAGCGGAGAAAGGAUAAAUCUAUUUCUUUUCAACAAACUGGAGCGGAAACAUGUUGGAUUUUCAGAAGUGGUGAUAUGACUUUAUUGACUUAAACAUUCCUUUCGCAUUAUUAUUAAUAGUUAGAGGAUGUUGCAUGAGCCUGGCAGCAGUUUUUACAAAGUAGUGCAUGCCAUACAGAUGCCUGAACACCAAUUUCACUGAUAUAAGAUAGAGCACUUAAGUCUCAGAUAUGAGUUUAAAUGGUAUAACCACAAUGUUGACAUUGUGGCAAAAGCUUUUCAAAGAACUUCCUGCUCCCUCUUCUCUGGAUAAAACUUUCUUCAUGAGCAACCUAUGAGCGAUGGAGGAGCAGAAAGCCUUUCUAAAGUUUUACAGGACCCUCUCAGAGGAGGAGAAUGAGGACACAAUGCAAGGAGACACUGAGCUGAGUUUGAAUCCAAAGAAAAAUGUCUCCUUAUCGCAUGUCAUAUUUCCUCGUGACGAGGAGAGGAUGACCUCCAACUCAGUGGGACAUAUAAGUAGGAGAGGAGCAGGGAAUGACUCAGACAUGACAGAGCAGGAGAGGAAUAAUGUCAACCUAACGGUGCAGCAAAGCGUGGCUGCAAACGCUGGAAACGGCUCAGAGGAACAGACCUUUGCAACAAAUCAAGAGCAGAAUAAGACGCCAGACGAACACUGUGACAGAGUUAACGGCUGCAGCGAAGAGGGCUGCCACAUAUCGGAGGAUGAACGCGCCUGGAAGGAAGCUCUGCAACCAAAAUGUCAAAGUGACAAAUGUUCAAAUGACUGCACACAUACAGGUUGUGAAUGUCUUGCACCAGUCAGUGUCAAGCAGGAUGGCACCGAAGUGGCUAAUCAGAGAGGAAGCAAACACUACGAACACGUUCACUCCAGUUUGGAUGUGAGUUUUGACCCCGUGGAAUCUGCGAAAGGUCAAUCUAAACACAAACAUGUAGUGAUAACGGUGACUCGGACAGCAGCUGAGGAACAGGUUGAACCGAUAGUAACACCAACAUUGGAGCAAACUGGUGAUGAUGAAGAGGAGAGGAUGGGUGCAGAGGAGGACAAUGAAGAAGAAGAAGAAGAAGAAGAAGAAGAAGAGAAAAGAGAUGAAUUUCCAGACUUUUCUGCCCACUAUCCUCGCAUACCCAAAGACACCUCACCAUAUAUGUCCAUAACAUUUGCAUCUGAUAGCCCUCCACCUGGAUCCGCCUGCACCAGAGCCACAUUCACCCCGGGCUCCCCCACGGACAAGCAGAUCCAGCUCCCGGCCCUCUUCAGGGGCCUGAGGGUCCUGAGGAAGGGGGUGGUCGGGCCCGAGCACGACACCGUGGCCCAGAUCAGACCUUCAUCUCAAGGAGCGAGGAAGGACGUUUCCCCUGAGAAGCAAGGGGAUGCUGAAGUCCAGGGGAACUUCCUGGACCAGAUCUCCCACUUCCUGAAGAGAGGAGAUGAGAAAGAGGAGAGGACGGAGAUGGACGCAGAGGGAGAUCAGGAUGAGAUUGAAGAAGAGACGAAAGAACUUGAAACAGAGGAGGAUGCCUUCGAGUCCACGAAAACUUCCGUGUCCAGCGCCGAGGCCGCGUUCGAUGCCUUCAAAGCUUUCUUCACCCCGAAGCCGUUGAAGAGGGACCCGGCAGAGAAGGUGGACCUGGAGGCGGUGAGGAGGAAGAACAGAGCAGAUAAAGAUGUGCUGAGAGGACUUUUUGAGAGAAAUUCCAAUAAGACGCCAGAGAAGAAAGACUCACCUGACGGCAAAUCAGAAGCAUCCACCCCAGGAGAGGGAGAGGAAAGAACUCCUGGUCGCCUACAAGCCAUCUGGCCGCCACUUAAAGAGGAAAAAGUUGGGCUCAAGUACACAGAAGCAGAGCACCAGGCUGCUCUCCUGCAGCUGAAGAGAGAAUGCAAAGAGGAGCUGGAGACGUUACAGGAGGACUUUGGUCAGGAGCUCUCCAGACUGAGGGUGGAGAACGAGGACAACGUCGCCCGUCUGGAGUUCUCUCUGGCCGAACUGCAGGCCCAACUCUCCCAGGUCGGAACCCGCCGUCGUGGGGAACUCAAAGACGUCGCCGUAUCAACGGGAGACGACUUUUUACACAAGUCUUUCCGCACAGUGUGCGUCCAGACCGACCGGGAGACGUUUGUUAAGACUCCUGAGGAUGGAGAAGGUGCGGGGAGAGCCUGUACGAGCCCUCAGCAACAGAAGAUGACCCCCAAAAAGCUGGACCUGGCUUCUAUCAGCCUCAGCCUGGCAGGUCAGAGGGACGAUGCUUACUCCUCAUCACAUGACCCUCCAUCUCAAACUCUUCCUCCACCUGGAGCCACACUGCCUCCAUCAGGAAAACCUCCUGCUCCUUCUCAGACAACCAAAACAGACAAUCUGCCUCCUCCCCCUCCUCCACCUCCGCCACCUCCAAACCACAUGCAGCCAUCAAAUGGCCCUCCACCACCACCUCCGCCUCCUCCUCCUCCACCUCCUCCACCUCCGCCACCCCUAAACCACAUGCAGCCAUCAAAUGGCCCUCCUCCUCCUCCUCCUCCUCCUCCUCCUCCUCCAUCCAUGCCAGGCUUUGCUCCCCCACCACCUCCUGCUCCAGUUGGGGGUUUCAUUGUCGAAACACCUCCCAGGAAACCGACGGUGGAGCCUUCCCGACCCAUGAAGCCUCUUUACUGGACCAGAAUCCAGGUCCAGGACAAGAGCAAAACACUGUGGAACAUUUUAGAGGAACCAUCUAUAAUUAACGCCAGCGAGUUUGAGGAUCUCUUCUCCAAAACCACCACGCAGACCAAGAGGAAGCCGCUGUCAGAGGCGUACGUGAAGAAAGCCAAAACCAGGAAGAUCAUUAAGCUGCUGGAUGGGAAGCGCUCUCAGGCCGUGGGCAUCCUCAUAUCCAGCCUCCACCUGGAGAUGAAAGACAUACAGCAAGCUGUACUGGCAGUGGAUCACUCUGUGGUGGAUCUGGAAACCAUUGAAGCACUGUAUGAAAAUAGAGCGCAGCCGGAUGAACUGGAGAGAAUCAAGAAACACUACGAGACGUCAGAGGAAGAGGAAGUUAAACUGCUGGACAAACCCGAACAGUUCCUGUAUGAGCUCUCUCAGAUCCCAGACUUUGCAGGCAGAGCUCACUGCAUCAUCUUCCAGUCGGCCUUCAUCGACGGGAUCGAGUCCAUCCAACGCAAACUCAACACAGUCUCAUCUGUCUGUAAGGCUCUGCUGGAGAGCGACGGUGUGACGGAUGUGAUGGGACUGGUGUUGGCUCUGGGGAACCACAUGAACGGAGGCAACAGGACCAGAGGUCAAGCCGACGGCUUCGGCCUGGAGAUUCUGCCUAAACUGAAGGACGUCAAGAGCAGAGACAAUCGUAUCAGUCUGGUGGACUUUGUGGUGUCGUACUACCUGCACAAUGUUGACACGAACGCUGGCACGGAGAAGAGUGUGUUCCCGCUUCCUGAACCUCAGGACGUCUUCCUGGCUGCACAGGUCAAGUUCGAUGACCUCAACAGAGACCUGAGACAGCUCGGACGAGACGUGACAAGAUGUGAGAAAGAUGUGCAGAACGUUUGCUCUGAUUCUCCUGAAGAAAACCUGCAGCCGUUUAAGGACAAGAUGGAGGCUUUUGUUCUCAGCGCACGGAAAGAACAAGCAGAAGCUUCCUAUCAGCUGAUGACUGUUCAAAAAAGUUUUCAGGACUUGGUUCAGUACUUUGGACUGAAGCCCAAGUCGGGAGAGAACGAGGUGACCACCGGUCAUCUCUUCAUGCUCUGGUUUGAGUUUUGUGCCGACUUCAAGGCCAGGUGGAAGAGGGAGAACAAAACCAUCUCUAACGAGAGAUUAAAAGAGGCUCAGCUGUCAGUGAAGAGGAUCACAUCAGAGAAGAAGGUGGAGACCAGAAAGAUCAACCCAAACAGUCUGAAAGAGAGGCUGCGUCAGAAAGAAGUCAACAUGUCUUCAACAUAAGAGGUACACACGACCAACUCGGAUCAGACUGGAUGUGGACUACCAUACCAACACCAACCCAUGUUUUGUUAACACAAGAUAAACUUUAUAUAUUCAAAUGUAGAAAUCUCAUUCAUAAUUCACUGACUGUUUAAUUUGCUACCUAAAAAUGUACUUUGAAUUUAAAUAUCUAAAUGUGUAUGUGCACUAUUUAGAAUUUAAUAUUAUAAACUGAAGUAUAAGCUGUAUUUAUAUUAUUGUUUUGAACUUUCUACGCAAAUUAUUUGCAUUGAUUUUGACAUGUUUAAUCCUAGAAUGUUUUUUUUCUACAAAUAAAAAUCACUGAUCAGAAAA